AUGUCGGGUGUCGCCGGUACGAGCAACAACACGAGCGCGACUGCUUCGUCCUCGGCAUCCGCCGCACAACCGCCAGCUCGUGGCAGCAGCAUCACACAGCAGUCCACAACGCCUGCUUCCGUCGCGGACCAAGGCGACGCUGACGACGACGGCGAUGAUGACGACGACGACGACGAGGAAGACGACACAGCAGCAGCUGGAUCCGCCUCUGCAGAAGCCUUGACCGCCAAGCAGCGCAAGAAGAAAAAGUCCAAGGCAGCCGCCAAACUGCGCAAGAAGCUCGGUCUUGGCACCUCCUCCACCGAGCCCUCCGACGGCAAGCUUCUAGCCUCCGGCUCAUCCCGCGAAGGCAAGAUCAGCGAUGAAGUCGUCUCGCAAGUUCAAGAAGCCGUCAAAGCCGAACACGGCUCUGCCGCCGCCAACGCCGUCACCAAGGCCAACCUUGCCAAAGUCAUGGCCAUGAUGAACCUCGAACGAGAUGCCAUGCUCAAGUCGCAGGAUUCGAAGCAAAAGGCCCAGAAAGCGAUUGCUGACCACAAGUUCUGGAAGACGCAACCGGUGAUGAAGCCCAACGAUGCGCCUGUAGUCAAGUCGGAGGAAGAGGGAAGCAUUCAACCCAGUGUACCGCCCGAGGAGGUUCGCCAGGAACCCUACCCUCUCCCCUCCGACUUUGAAUGGGUCAUGGUCGAUGUCGACAAUCAAGCCGAGCUGAAGGAAGUCUAUGACCUGCUCAGCGCCAACUACGUCGAAGACGACGACGCCACGUUCCGAUUCGACUACAGCCCCGAAUUCUUGCACUGGGUGCUCAAACAUCCCGGCUACCACAAGACGUGGCAUAUCGGUGUUCGCGUCGUCUCGACCAAAAAGCUCGUCGCUUUCAUCAGCGGUAUCCCGCACGAGCUCAGGGUGAGGGAAAAAUCCUACCAAUCGACCGAGAUCAACUUCCUCUGCGUUCACAAAAAGUUGCGCUCCAAACGUCUCGCUCCCGUCCUCAUCAAGGAGGUGACCAGGCAAUGUCAUCUGACAGGAGUGUUCCACGCUAUCUACACCGUCGGAUCCGUCUUACCAACGCCUGUUUCGUGCUCCAGGUACUACCAUCGAACCAUCAACGCCAGGAAAUUGGCCGACAUUGGAUUCUCUGCGAUCCCGCACAACAUGUCGAUGGAGGCGCACGCGAAGCGAUUCGAGUUGCCUGCAAAGACAAACUUGCCCGGGUUGAGGGAGAUGGAGGUGCGAGAUGUGGCGCAGGUGGGCAAGUUGAUGCGUAGGUAUAUGCGUCGAUUCGAUAUGGCGCCUAGGUUCACGGAUCAUGAAGUGGAGCAUAUUUUGCUCAGUGGACGAGGUCAGGAUGGACCGUCAACACAAGCAGGCAGGAAGGGUCAGGUGACGUGGACCUACGUAGUCGAGAACGCCGAAGGACGUAUCACCGACAUGUUCGCCUUCUACUCUCUGCCUUCGAGUAUCUUGGACAACGACAAGCACAAAUCCCUCAACGCGGCCUACCUCUUCUACUACGCCACCGAUGUCGUCUUCUCCGACUCCCGCACACCGGAGAGCGAGUCCGCAUCCACCUCGUCCCCUUCGUCGGAACGCUCGCUCGCCCUCUCCUCCGGCAAACCCGCCUGGCGCUGCAACUCGCUCACCAACCUCACCUCUUCCGAACUGUCCGACGAAUCGCACAUCACCACCUGGGACUCCGAACCCCCGACCACCAAAUCCCUUCUCAAAUCUCGUCUCAACCUCCUCAUCCAAACCCUGCUCAUCAUCGCCCGCGACUUCAACUUCGACGUCGUCAACUGCGUCACCGUCAUGGACAAUCCGCUCUUCCUGCAGGAGCAGAAGUUCGGUCCGGGAGAUGGGUUCUUGCGGUUCUACCUGUUCAACUGGAGGACGAAACCUGUCGCUGGUGGUAUGGGCGGUAGACCGGGGGAGAGCGAGUUGGAUCCGGUUCACGCGUAUGCCAAGAGCAUGGCGAAACGCGCUGCAAGCGAUGAUCACGAGGAAGCAAAGGGGUUGGCUGAACAGUUGAUCAGGAAGGCGGCCAAGAACCCGUCAGAGGUGGGUUCAGGAAACGGGAUUGUCAUGGUUUGA